UAAACUUCCGAGACCAAUGUCGAUUGUGGGAGACUAUGUUGAGAUCGAUGACACCUUAUCAAAUCUUGGUUGGCACGUUCCGACCAUCAAGAAACUUGAAGGCAACCCUGUCUGGUGUAUUGGACUUAUGCCCACUAAAGGAUUGGAGUCUAUCACAUGGGAAGUGGCAGACAAGAUUGCCAAGAAGCUCAAACACAUCAACGAUCAAGGAAUUACUGUCUGGCUUAGAUUUGGUCACGAAAUGAACGGGGAAUGGUACUGUUGGGGCAUGAAACCAGAACUCUUCAAAGAGAAAUGGAAUUUGCUUGGUGAACGAGUCAAAGCGACCACAAGUAUGACGUAUAUGUUAUGGUCUCCUAACGCUAUCUUCGGGGACAGCAUCGAUUCCCUCAAAGGAGGCUACACCAAAUACUGGCCUGGGUCGAAGUAUGUCGACAUUGCAGGUCUUUCUUUCUAUCACUGGGGAAAGUCCUAUCACAGGUUGAACAUUGCACCCGACCAGGACGAAGUUGUAGGCAAGAUUCACGAAUUUAACAAGCUUUACGGCGAUGGAGGAGAGGGUAAACCGAUUGUCAUUGCCGAGACUGCUGCCAGUUAUACCUACAAUCAGUGGACCAAGGCCCCGGUUGAGGGAGGUGCCUCCGAACUUGAUAUCAAGAUGAAAUGGGCACACUUGUUGCUUGACCGUUACAUCAAGAAAGUUGUCCCAAAUCUGCGGGCAAUGAUAUGGUUCGAAAUCAUCAAAGAUGAGAAUGCCACCGGUGACACUCCUGUCAGAACUGAAGAUUUCAGGUUGAUUGUUGGAAACCGUCAAGUCAGUUCGGCCGCCGCAGAGUUCUUCAAGAACAGCGUAUAGGUGAUACCAAAUCAUCAAAGUAGUACUCUCCUUGGACCGUUUCACCUUUGUCCUUUGAGAUUUGGAUCCUUCUAUUAAACUGUUCCCAAGUGGGACUACGAAUUUAACGUUCUCCUUUUUCUCUUCUGAUACCAUCUGGUCAAUAUAUCCCUAUAUAUAUUUAUGGUUUCUUUGUUUAUUGUUUUUUUUUCUAAAUCGAUCGUAAGAUUGUGAAAUUCUUAUUUCAUUCUGUCGUUUUUGCAUUCAUUCUCUAUUUGAUACUUGUGAGGACACAAUCUUGCGUCUGUGUUGUCUUUGUUCCUUUUAACCGUUUCUGCUCUGUUCUUUUUUGGUGCUAAGAUAUUAUUAGUUAAAGCUGGUAAUUUGCUCUGUGUGAUAAGUUUCCUGAAGCUGUGAUCCAGGAGUC